AUGGUCAAUGCGAUAAUGCGAGGACUUUUACUCGAAAUUUCAAUAUUGAGUAGUGGAGCUCGAACUGAUUCCUCGACAAUUGCAACUAUUGAAUCGGUAGUUCGGCGGCGACGGCAGGUGGUUCCUACAGAAAACGAAGUGAAUAUGGUUGCUAGAGUGAAUGAAAUUUACACUGUUGUAAAUUGGGAUGAAGGGCAAGAAGAAACAGAACUGGAAAGGGGCAGGCGUUCACACGUGAAGAGGGUUCUCCUUCCUUCUGCUUGGUUCACUUGCUUACUGCUCAGUCUUUUGCGGAUUCUGCUCAUAUUGGUUUGGCUUAUGUGGCGGAUACCGCGAGGAGGUCCAGGAGGAAUCUGUUCAGAUUCGACUUUUGUUCUUGAUCGUCAAAUCAGUUUCAACACAGUUUUCACGAGUGCCAUUGGAAACACCGGUUUGCAUGAUUACCCACUGGUGACGAAGGAGGCGGAAAUCGUCGUUGCUCAUGAAUACGCUCAUAGCUGGGGUGCGCAGCACGAUGGUUUGGAACGUGAUGCAGAUGGUCGUGAAGAAUGCCUGCCAGAUUAUCUUGAAGGUGGAAAUUAUAUAAUGCACAUGUAUGCCCAAAAUGGAUACGAUCCCAAUAACAUAGUACGUGCUGGAAUCAAUUCGUGGUUGACUAUGUUCCAAAUUUUGUUUCUUCAUAGCGCUUUUCACCUUGCUCUCGGAAAAGUAUUCGUCGAAUGCUGGAACGUCGUUGGCAUCGUUGUUUCGAACCAGAGAAGGCAUCCUUCUGUGGCAAUGGAGUCGUUGAAGAAGGAGAAGAAUGUGAUGAAGGGAAUUUUCUUACCAAGAAUGGUAGCUCAGCAUGUUGCACAACAGAAUGUCGUCUGUCACCAUCAGCUCAGUGCUCACCUCACAAUCAACCAUGCUGUAAUAGUACCUGUUCUUUUCAUGCAGCGGAUCACGUAUGCCUUCCUGGAGAUCCACUCCAGUGCAAAGCCUCGUCAUAUUGCACCGGAUAUUCUGGGGAAUGUCCAAGUGCUCCAGCAAUCCCAAAUGGUUCGCCGUGCAUUGAAGAAGGUGAAUGCCAGGAUGGUGUUUGCCUCCCCUAUUGUGAGCGCCAAAGCAUCGCUAAGAAAAGCUGCAUAUGUGAAGAAGGUACACUCAAUUUCAGUGAAUUUUUUAUUCCAUCUUUCGUGUCGUCGAUGUUGCCGAGAUGUUAAUGGUACAGGUCUAUGUGAACCUGAACUAGGGGCGGCGGAUCUCGUUGAUGGAACUUGGUGCGCCCAAGGUUACUGUCGGAAAUCAAAAUGUGUCAACGAAGCUGCAGACUAUGUUACCAGACAUUUGAAUGUGCUCAGCGACCGAAGUCGUAUAUGGCCAAUUAUCCAGUCAAAUAUCGUCGCCAUCAUAGUGCUUUUAUCAAUUGCAAUAUAUAUUCCAAUUGGAUGCUGCAUCAGGAGAGCUUUUGCUCACCCUCGAGUUAAUAUGUGUUUCGCUACAACGCAUUUCCGUCAGUUCGGGUAUAUCAGGUGGAAUAUUUUCAGUGCAUGGCACAAUGAUUCAAGAUUCCAGUGUCUUAAACGGUUAGCAAUUUGUGUCUCACGAGCUACUUAUUUACAAACCUGCCUCACUUUUUAUUUUUCUGGUAUCUCUAUAUCGAAAGCACACGGUUCUUUCAGUUGUUAG